AGACGUCUUUCCCUCCCCUUUUCCCGUUUUUCCCCCGUGGAUGGGGAGAGGCUCCCCAGGCCCGUGACGUCUUCAGCUGCCCGUGAUGUCACCCUAAUGAAAUCAUGCCCCGGACCGACGGCUCCGCGUCGGGAAUUGCGACUCCUGACCCCUUGAUCCCGCUUUUUUUUAUAUAUAUUUAUAUAUAUAUAUAUUCAGGGGGGCAGAGGGAAAGUGCGUUUCCAGGGAGAGGGGGAAACUAUCCCAGCCCUCUCCGAGGGACCAUAAAAUCCACUCCAGGGCAGCACAAGUUCAAGGGAAGGGAAGGCACCUGAUGCUUGUUUUUUCCUGGGAGUGAGACCGCGGCAAGUCCUUCCCGUCCCGUCCCGUCCCGUCCCAUCCCGAGCGCCCAGGACGACCAGGGCAAGAUGUCCCAGCCCAGGCUGCUGCUGCUCCUGCUGCUGCUCUGCGCCGAGAGCAGCCGCGCUCUCAGCCUCUCCAACGCCGCCUCCCUCCUCAGCUGCCUCCACUCGGCCUUGCCCGAGGCCCGGGAGGAGCUCCCGCAGGAAAACGCCGUCCUGGACAAGCGCGGCUUCAGCUUCCAGCCCCGGGAGGUGCCCGAGGAGGAGCGGGAAGGGGCCGGGGAGCCGGAGGAGGAGCUCGGGAAAAGGACAUUCCCGGGGCAGGGCCACUACAAGUACGUGUCCCAGGCGCAGGGGAAGGGCAAGACGUCCCAGAACCGGGCCAAGAGCGACCGGCGCGCCAAGGUCACCCUGUCCCUCGACGUGCCCACCAACAUCAUGAACAUCCUCUUCAACAUCGCCAAGGCCAAGAACUUGCGGGCCAAGGCGGCGGCCAACGCCCACCUGAUGGCCCAGAUCGGCAGGAGGAAGUGACACCCCUGGGGCCAGGGGGGAGCUCCGGGCAGUGCUGGGCCUGUGGGGUCAGCCCCCGGCCCCGACCCGCGGCCAGGGGGGACUGAUGGCCACGUGCUGGGUGUUUUUGAGCCAUCCAGCCGCCCUCAGUUUCGUAUCUCCUGCUCCUCCUCCCCCUCCUUCCCCCGAGCUCCAUCACUCCCGGACAUUCCCACGCCCAGGAAAGAGGCUCCAGCCCCGGGCAGGGCACAAGGGAUGGGUUACCCGGGAAGGGUCCUAAUUAAAGCUGUGCUCUCUUGACUUUCCA